UCUUUCAGUCAGCUGGCCUCCGGCAGUGGCUGGGCAAGUUCGUCUUGGAAACAUCUGCUCUGGAAGGUCAGGGAGGAGGAGUGGAAUAACUUUUUCAUGGGGGACCGCUUUGAGAAGGGACAGCAGGCUUUGCUCAAUGAAGGAGAAGAGAAUGAGAUGGAGAUAUUCGGCUACCGGACUCAAGGCUGCCGGAAAAUCCUCUGCCUUGCUGGAUCCAUCUUCUCACUUGGGAUCCUCCCUCUGGUGUUAUACUGGAAGCCUGCCUGGCAUGUGUGGGCAAACUGCGUCCCAUGUUCUUUGCAAGAAGCAGAUGUGGUGCUGCUGAGGACAACAGAUGAAUUCCAGAUUUACUCCUGGAAAAAGGUAAUAUGGAUCUGCCUGUCAGCAUUAAAUGGUGCCUUUGCUCUCACUCCUGACCACCCUCUCAUUGCCGAUGAGGAGUUUAUCAUAAAUAGAGCCAUAAGAAAGCCAGAGUUAAAGGUGAGAUGCAUAAAAGUGCAGAAGAUAAGAUAUGUCUGGAACAACUUGGAAGGACAGUUCCAGAAAAUUGGCUCUUUGGAAGACUGGCUCAGUUCUGCCAAGAUACAUCUAAAAUUUGGAUCAGGUCUAACAAGAGAAGAACAAGAUAUUAGGAGGUUAAUAUGCGGGCCAAAUACUAUCGAUGUGGAAAUCAUACCCAUUUGGAAGCUGCUCAUUAAGGAGGUUUUAAAUCCAUUUUACAUAUUUCAACUCUUCAGUGUUUGUCUGUGGUUCAGUGAAGACUAUAUGGAAUAUGCUUGCGCCAUCAUUCUCAUGUCCAUCGUUUCCAUAGCCUUGACAGUAUAUGAUCUGAGACAGCAAUCUAUAAAGCUCCAUCACCUGGUUGAGUCACAUAAUAAUGUUACCGUCUCUGUGUGUGGGAGAAAAGUUGGAGUCCAAGAGCUGGAAUCGCGCUUCCUGGUCCCUGGAGAUCUAUUAAUUUUGACAGGGAACAAAGUACAGAUGCCAUGUGAUGCUGUCCUGAUUGAUGGCAGCUGUGUGGUCGAUGAAGGCAUGCUGACAGGAGAAAGUAUUCCAGUCACUAAAACUCCAUUAUUCAUGACGGAUAGCUGUGUGCCCUGGAAAACACAGAGUGAAGGGGAUUACAAACGGCACAUCCUCUUCUGUGGAACGGAGGUUAUCCAGGCCACAGGAGCUUGUUCCGGCGCCGUGAGAGCGGUGGUGCUACAGACUGGAUUCAACACUGCAAAGGGGGACCUCGUGAGAUCCAUUCUCUACCCCAAGCCAAUGAACUUUAAGCUCUACAGGGAUGCCAUCAUGUUCCUCCUGUGCCUUGUGGGGACCGCCACCAUCGGGAUGAUCUAUACUCUGUGUGUCUACGUGCUCAGUGGGGAACCUGCCGGGGAGGUGGUGAAGAAAGCCCUGGAUGUGAUCACGAUUGCCGUUCCUCCUGCUCUGCCCGCUGCCCUGACCACGGGCAUUAUCUAUGCCCAGAGAAGGCUGAGAAAAAGAGACAUCUUUUGCAUCAGUCCCCAGAGGAUCAAUGUCUGUGGACAAUUAAAUCUUGUCUGCUUUGACAAGACAGGCACCUUAACAAGGGAUGGCUUAGAUCUCUGGGGAGUUGUGCCCUGCGAGAGGAAUAGUUUCCAGGAAGUCCACAGCUUCACCUCUGGCAGAUCUUUGCCCUGGGGCCCACUGUGUGCAGCCAUGGCCAGCUGCCACUCUCUCAUCCUUCUUGAUGGUACCAUACAGGGAGAUCCUCUGGAUCUCAAAAUGUUUGAAGCCACCAACUGGAAAAUGGCUAUUUCUGGGGCUGAUUCCCACAUCAAGGGAGUGCCGGCACAAGUGAUGGUUGUUAAGCCCUGCAAAACAGCCAGUCAGGUCCCAGUGGAAGGGAUUGCAAUCCUGCAUCAGUUUCCAUUCUCAUCAGCACUGCAGAGGAUGACAGUCAUUGUUCAAGUGAUGGGGGGUGACCGACUGGCAUUCAUGAAGGGCGCACCAGAGAAGGUGGCCAGUUUUUGCCAGCCUGAGACAGUACCAACUAGUUUUGUUAGUGAACUGCAGAUAUAUACGACACAGGGUUUCCGAGUCAUAGCACUGGCCUACAAAAAGCUGGAAAUAGACCAUUACACUGCUUCCUUAACAAGGGACAAGAUAGAAUCAGACCUGAUAUUUCUGGGAUUGUUGAUCUUGGAGAAUCGAUUGAAGGAAGAGACAAAACCUGUCCUGGAAGAGCUCAUCUCAGCCCGGAUAAGGACUGUGAUGAUCACAGGAGACAAUCUUCAGACUGCAAUAACAGUGGCCAAAAAUUCUGGAAUGGUUUCUGAAAACCAGAAAAUCAUUCUCAUUGAAGCAAAUGAAGGCGCUGGCCCAUCGCCAGCAUCCAUAUCUUGGAAAUUAAUAGAAGAAAAGAAACACCUUGUGUAUGGGAACCAGGACAAUUACAUCAGGGAAGACAUUUCUGAUAAUGGCAGAGAAGGAAGUUACCACUUUGCCCUAAGUGGAAGAUCCUUUCAGGUCAUAAGUCAACAUUUCAGUAGCCUACUGCCAAAGAUACUGAUAAAUGGGACCAUCUUUGCAAGAAUGUCCCCUGGGCAGAAAUCUAGUCUGGUGGAAGAAUUUCAAAAACUGGAUUACUUUGUAGGUAUGUGUGGUGAUGGAGCCAAUGACUGUGGGGCUUUGAAAAUGGCUCAUGUGGGCAUCUCUUUAUCAGAACAGGAGGCAUCUGUGGCCUCACCUUUUACUUCUAAAACGCCAAACAUUGAGUGUGUACCUCAUCUUAUCAAGGAAGGACGUGCAGCUCUUGUUACCUCAUUUUGCAUGUUUAAGUACAUGGCUCUGUACAGCAUGAUUCAGUAUAUUGGUGUGCUGCUGCUCUACUGGGAGACAAACAGCCUUUCAAAUUACCAGUUUCUGUUCCAGGAUCUGGCCAUCACAACUCUAAUUGGUGUGACAAUGAAUUUGAAUGGUGCCUACCCCAAGCUGGUGCCUUUCAGGCCUGCGGGACGGCUGAUCUCCCCACCUCUGCUGCUCUCUGUGAUUCUCAACAUUCUUCUCAGUUUGGCCAUGCAAAUUGUGGGCUUCAUUCUGGUUCAGAGGCAGCCUUGGUAUUCCACGGACAUGCACAGUGCCUGCACAGAGAAAAAUGAAACCAUCUCAGAGUUAACCAUUUCUCCAGCUGCUUCAGGAAAAAAUGGAAGUGACAGUGACUUCACAAGUUUUGAGAGCACCACUGUAUGGUUCUUGGGCACAAUCAACUGUAUCAUUGUGGCCCUUAUCUUCUCUAAAGGAAAACCUUUCAGGCAGCCCACCUACACAAACUAUAUCUUUGUCCUUGUGCUGGUCAUACAGCUGGGGGUGUGUCUGUUCAUUCUUUUUGCUGAUAUUCCAGAAUUAUAUAGGCAAUUGGAUCUGCUCUGCACUCCUGUCCUGUGGAGGGUCUACAUCGUCAUUAUGCUCAGCUCCAAUUUCAUUGUGUCCUUUGUGUUGGAGGAGGCCAUUAUUGAAAACCGAAGUCUGUGGAUAAUAAUCAAAAAGUGUUUUGGGUAUCAGUCAAAAAGCCAGUAUCGGGUAUGGCAGAGGACCUUGGCAAGUGACCCCAGCUGGCCCCCGAUAAAUCAGACCUCCUACUCCGAUGUCCUGUGGUAUGGCAGAGAGGUGUCCUACAGCAACCCAGUGUUCGAGAGCAAUGAGGAGCAACUUUGA